GAAAUCGAAGCUUCCAAUCAAACCCUAAAGCCCCUGUGGAAUGCAGAGAGAGAAACUCCCAACUGAAAAACCCUAGAGAAUAAUCAGACGCGGAUAGGCAGUGAAAAAUGACGCAGAAGAGUAACCUAUUCAAGGGCCAACAGAAGAAGAAAGCUAUUCCUCCCAACCGCCAUGGAAAAGCCUCUGUAACCCGCAAAGGGAAGAGAUUCGUGAAGCCUUCGAAGGUCACAAAGGACAUGGAUACAGAUCGUGAAGUAACCAAGUUCAUAAACUACUGCAAUGAGGUGAAGGCAGCUACUGCUGCAAACAAGGAAGGUGGUCAACUAAGCAUUGUUAAACCUCUUCCAGAAUCUGAUAGUGGUGCAAAGAAAUAGUUAGAUAACAAGCUCCUGGAGUUUUGGAUUUUAUUUUAGAGAAAGGUUGAAAAUAUGUAUUCUGAGUGAUCUUGUUAUUUAUUACACUUGUUUCUUUACUCAAAGAGAAAUGUUUUUGGUGAGAUAGAAUGGUGGGUUCGGAUCCAUUUUCUUGUUUAGGUUUUGUGCCAUUUUUGUAGCUUGUAGAAUACAAGACCAGAAGGUCCUGUAAUUUUCUAAUUUUGAAGUUCUGUAAUAUUCAAUCUUUUAUUAUGACAGAAAUUAAUUUCAUGCACAA